AUGAAAGAGAGAGACAAUAUACUCAAAAAAAACAAAAACAUGUGUAUAGAAAGAAAAACAUUAAAUAAGAAUAAUAUACUUAUAAUACUAUUACUGACGAUACACAGUAUAUAUGCAAGAUUAGACACAAGAGAUGCUAGUACUAUACAGAAAAUGGAACUAGGAGAUAAAGACAGCCUAGUAGUAAUACACCCACAAGGCGGGCUUUCUCCAUUCUAUCAGUGUAUUAUGGAAAGAAGUGGGUAUAUAAAGAACUUACGGGGAUAUCUACAUGCCAUAGAUGGGAGUGGAGACCAAGUUGGAGGGUAUGGGUCUACUAUACUCAAGGAGUCUAGUGAAUACAUGCAGGCAUUCACACAGCAGCUGAUUAAUAUGUUUCCUUCAGAAGAUAGAUAUUUAUCUAUUGAGUCAGAGAGCCCAGACUCAUUCACUCGGUUCUUAAGAAGGCAUGAAGACAAGUCAGAUAGUUUGAAUUUAUUGGCUUCUUUAUUUCUUCUUUCGGAAGGGAUAAAUAUUUCCAUUGAAAUAGUAGAGGAUAAAGUGAAUAAAAAUAAAAUACUUAUUCUAAAGAAGAAAAAAGUAGAGAGACCAGAAGAAGAAGAUAGAAAUAGUAGUUCUGAAUAUGAUGAGUUAGAGAAGAGAAAAACGAGCAGAAGAGAAGGAUUUCACAUCAACUUGCAUAUGAAUAUAAAGAAAAAAAACAAAGAAGGGAAGAAUGUAGAGAGAACACCCCAAAAGAAAACAGAAGAGAUAGUGAGCUUCUUCAAGAGUCUUGCCACCAUUAAUUCAUCUUACUGCUUAAAAGUGCCAGAAGAGUUCUCAAUGCCUACUACAUAUGAAGAGUUCUUAAAGGGAAAUUUUCUGUGCAAUCCGAAGUUCCUUAUACAGUCGUACUUCUUUUAG